ACUUUAUUUUCGCGGGAUAAGCCGCGAUUCUCGGAAGCCAAAAAAUCGCACCAAUCAGUUCAAGUAAAAUGUUCGCCGCGCACGCAGCUCCAAUAUUCGCGUUUUUGCUACAGCUGAUUGUCACUGCUGACAGCCAGGGCGCCAGCCCUGGCGCUGGCUGCGAUCGACUGUUCCAGCCGAUUCGAUGUGGCGUUCCCAAAUUGCAACCCACCAGUGGGGCCUUGCCAUCCCGUCCAUCUGAGGCACUUCGGAGAGAGUUCCCGUGGCAUGCGGCGUUGCUCUGUGAGGAGGGAGGCAAGUUCGAGUAUUGCUGCGGUGGAUCGCUCGUUACGGAACGCUUCGUUCUCACGGCGGCGCACUGUGUGGUCAAUCCGAACAAUGGGUACAAGAUGACGGCUCGAAGGCUCAAGGUGCGAUUGGGGAUGCACGAGUUGGACCAAGAGGAAGAGGACGAAUGUAUCGAAGAGGUGGGUUUGAGUGAGGUACGGGUGCACGAUCAGUAUCGUUCGGGAGGAUACAAACAUGACAUUGCGUUGCUGGAGUUGGAUCGACGGGUGAUAUUUACGGAGCGAGUGUUGCCAGUUUGUUUAGAUUUGAGCGAAGAUGAGAGGAUUGAUUUCUAUCGCCUGCAUGGAAAGGUUCCUGGCUGGGGAUAUACGGAGUAUGAUUCCGUUUCGAAGUGGCUCCGAAUGACGGAGUUGCCGUUGGUGAACUAUACCUGCUGUUUGGAAAGCAAUCCGUCUGUGUUCUCGCAUAGCAUUUACGAGGGAAUGUUUUGUGCUGGAUACACGAACGGAACAAGUGUUUGCAAUGGAGACUCGGGUGGCGGAUUGGUAUCGUAUAGCCGGGAUCGGUGGGUACUCCGGGGGAUUGUUUCAUUUACCGCCCUUCGUCAGGGCGAACAAACGUUGUGUGAUACGACAGGGUAUGCUGGGUUUACGAAAAUUCGCCACUUCCGCAAUUGGAUGAAAGAUAUCCUUCGGGAAGCUGAUUUGGAAGGGUUCACUGAACGUUCCGAGGCGAUCAGUGAAUCAGUGGAAGAAGAUGAACCCCUCUUAGAUUGUGGUAAGAGAAAAAUCAACAAGCGCAGUUUAAUUGUGAACGGAGCCCGCAGCUAUUCCGGUGAGUGGCCUUGGCAUGUGGCGGUCUACGAGUUCAAAGAACGCCAGAAGAAAUACCUUUGUGGUGCAACGCUGAUAAGUGAUCAGUUCGCACUAACGGCGGCUCACUGUGUGCAUGAAUCGGAUUGGAAGCCCCGGAGUGGUACAAUUGUUGUCCAGCUUGGACAAAACGAUUUAUUCGAGAGUUCCGCUACCAUGCGGGAAGUUCGCGUGGGGAAAAUCACUCCCCAUGCACAGUGGGAUCCGAUUAGCAGGACCAACGAUAUUGCUCUGCUUGAACUAACGAUCACCGUGCAGUUCAACGAUUACAUCCAGCCGGCUUGUAUACCCAAGCAGAGUGACACUGGAAAAUCAAAUUUACUGGGAACAGUCGGUACCAUCGUAGGCUGGGGUUAUGAACAACCGUGGUCCUUCGUGAUGACAAAUACGCUGCAGGAAACCAGACUACCCAUAGUGGACGUAACGUUGUGUUUAAAAAGCGCAAGCCAGACGGAUGGCGUUAUUUGUUUGGGACCAGCGAAUGGAAGCAAUGCUUGCACCGGAGACUCUGGCGGUGGAAUGUUCAUCGAGGAUAACGGCGUUUGGACUGUGCGAGGAGUGAUUCCCACACUGGACACAGUCAACGGCUUCUGUAAUCCGGAUGGUUUUCUGAAAAUCGCUAGUACAUCCCAUUUCAUCAAAUGGAUUAGGGGAGAGAUGGAAGCGGUUCUUGGGAUAGGCAAAAUUCGCGGAAAUAAAAUGAUGUCGCUACAAACAGCUGAUGAACAGCAGCAGCUGGCUUCAAGUUACACCAAUAUUCAUCACCAUCAUCACUACUAUCAUCAUCAUCACGGCCACCAUCACCAUGCUGAUAGUUGCAGGGAUGACAACACUUCUUCGGAAAGCGAUGGAGGUGGCCUUAAGAGCCUGACGAAACCAAUCAAGAAAGUAGUCAAGAUGAAAAGGUGUUUCAUCAAGGAUCUGAAGGACACCCUGUUGUCCAAAUUGUUAUGAAGUCGAGCACACCAGCAGACGCAUCAUCCCCAUCUCGCCCAUGCUCAGUGGCAAAAAUACAUGACCCAAUUUCGUAAUUACCUGCCGUUCGUCGGAGUGUCUGUGUGUUUUCUUUUCAUUGUAACCUUAUCCUUCAACUUUCCACUCGCUCGAAUGCCACCCAGUGAUCUCC